AUGGAGUCCAGUGAUGCUGAAUACAUAGCUCUGGGAGAAGGUUCUACUCCACUGUUAAAGAAGGUUUCAAUUAUACCUCUCAUCUUCUUGAUCUUUUACGAGGUCUCAGGAGGACCCUUUGGUGUUGAAGAUUCAGUAAGGGCAGCUGGUCCAUUGUUGGCUCUCCUUGGUUUCUUGGUUUUUCCAUUCAUAUGGAGUGUUCCAGAGGCACUUAUAACUGCAGAAAUGGGUACUAUGUUCCCAGAGAAUGGUGGGUAUGUGGUUUGGGUUUCAUCUGCAUUGGGUCCUUACUGGGGUUUUCAGCAAGGUUGGAUGAAAUGGCUUAGUGGGGUCAUUGACAAUGCUUUGUACCCAGUUUUAUUUUUGGAUUACCUCAAGUCAGCUAUUCCAGCUUUAGGAGGUGGUUUUCCAAGGAUAAUAGCAGUGCUAGUUGUAACUUUAGCUCUCACUUACAUUAACUAUAGGGGAUUAACCAUAGUUGGUUGGGCUGCAAUAUUAUUGGGAAUAUUUUCAUUACUUCCUUUCAUGGUUAUGGGAAUUAUAGCAAUUCCCAGAAUAAAACCAACCAGGUGGUUAAUGGUAGAUUUGAACAAAGUGAACUGGGGUUUAUACUUGAACACUCUUUUCUGGAACUUGAACUACUGGGACUCGGUUAGUACCCUUGCAGGAGAGGUGGAUGAUCCUGGUAAAACCCUCCCAAGAGCUCUUUUCUAUGCUGUUAUUUUGGUUGUUUUUGGGUAUUUAUUCCCUCUUCUGAUAGGAACUGGAGCUAUUUCAGUUAAUGGUGAGCUAUGGUCUGAUGGUUACUUCGCAGAAGUUGCUAAAUUAAUUGGAGGUAUUUGGUUAAGAUCUUGGGUUCAAGCAGCAGCUGCUUUAUCAAAUAUGGGGAUGUUUGUGGCUGAGAUGAGCAGUGACUCGUUCCAACUUCUGGGGAUGGCAGAAAGGGGUAUGCUUCCUCAAUUCUUUGCUAAAAGGUCACGUUAUGGGACUCCUCUUAUUGGCAUUUUGUUCUCUGCAUCUGGUGUGGUUUUGCUUUCAUGGUUGAGUUUCCAAGAAAUAGUUGCUGCAGAAAACUUCUUGUACUGUUUUGGGAUGCUUAUGGAGUUCGUAGCAUUUGUUAAGUUAAGGAUGAAAUUCCCAUCUCUCUAUCGGCCUUAUAAAGUACCUGUUGGGACAAUGGGAGCAAUAUUGAUGUGUGUGCUUCCAUCAUUACUAAUAUUUGUGGUUUUAGCCCUUUCUUCUUUUAAGGUCUUCAUUAUAAGCAUCUCAGCUGUGAUGAUGGGGCUUAUCUUGCAGCCUUGUUUGAAAUAUAUGGAGAAGAAAACAUGGUUUAGAUUUUCUGUUAAUCCUGAUCUUCCAGAUAUUUGUGCCUCCUAG